AUGCGGCGGAACGUGGAGGUGAAGGCGCGGCUGAGGGCGCGGGAGGAAGCGCUGAGGGCGGCCCUGAGGCUGCGGGGGCUGGGCCCGGUGUGCCCGGUGUGCCCCGGGGCAGGGCAGGGAGCGCCCCAGGUGUGCCCCGGGGCCGGGCAGGGAGCGCCCCAGGUGUGCCCUCGGGCUGGGCCGGGCACGGGUGAGGAGCAGAAGCCGCCCCAGGUGUGCCCUGGGGCUGGGCCGGGCACAGAUGAAGGGCAGGAGCCGCCCAAGGUGUGCCCCGGGGCCGGGCAGGUGCUGCUCCAGACCGACACGUUCUUCCGGGUGCCGCGGGGGCGGCUCAAGCUGCGCCGGACACAGGAUGGCCGGGGGGAGCUGAUUUUCUACGAGCGCCCCGACAGCGCCGGCCCCAAACUGUCCAAGUUCAGCAUCACCCCCACGGCCGACCCCGAGGGGCUGCAGGCGGUGCUGUCGCAGUCCCUGGGCGUGCUGGGCACGGUGAGGAAGGAGCGGCUCCUGUUCCUGCUGGGCCAGACCCGGCUGCACCUGGACCGGGUGCAGGGGCUCGGGGACUUCCUGGAGCUGGAGGUGGUGCUGCGGCCGGAGCAGAGCGAGGAGGACGGGCAGCGCGUGGCACUGGAGCUGCUGCAGGAAUUCGGGAUCGGGGAGCAGGACCUCAUCUCUGGGGCCUACCUGGAUCUGCUGCUGGCACAGGGGGACAACGGGGACACCCCCUGAGCAGCCCCUGGCCGGCCAGGGACAGCGGGGCUGAGGGCAGGGGCACCUGGUGGCUGUGCCCACCCUGUAAACAC